AUGGUGUCUUCAGAUCUGCAGCCUAUCCGCCUCAACUGUUUGGUCUCAGGCGAUGAUCCCAGGUUUCACAUCUUCCCGAUAAAGAUCGCACGGACGGAGAGUGUCAGUGACCUCAAAAAGUUGAUCAAGGAAGAGAAGAGGCCUGAAUUCAACACUGUCGCCGCUGACCAUCUCAAACUAUGGAAUGCGAGUGAUCUUAUACCACGAUCUGAUGCUAACAACACCUGCAUAUUGUUGUCCAAACUCCUGAUAUCUUCCCUCUGCCACCCCCUAGUAAGUUGUGUUGGUCAACAUUGUCACUCUGUCCUCUACAUUGAAUUAGCAUUCUCUGCACUGUCGGCUAUCCCCAUGUUCAGCCUCAACUGUUUGGUCUUGGGUGAUGACCCCAUUUACACCUUCCCGAUCAAGAUCACACGGACGGAGAGUGUCGGUGACCUCAAAAAGUUGAUCAAGGAAGAGAAGAGGCCUGAAUUCAACGCUGUCGCCGCUGACCGUCUCCAGCUAUGGAAUGUAAGUAAUCUAAUGCCUAUGAUCUGA